AUGUCGUUCCGUAGCAUAGUUCGUGAUGUUAGAGAUAGUGUAGGAAGCUUAUCAAGACGUACCUUCCAAGUGAGAUCGUCUGGUGUGACUCAUCAUCACAGGAAUAGAUCUCACGAAGCUUUGCUUAAGACUCAUACUCAAGAUCAUGUAGUAGUGAUUCAGAACAGUCGUUGGGCUAAUUUGCCACCUGAGAUACUAAGAGAUGUGAUAAAAAGAUUGGAGGAAAGCGAGAGCUCAUGGCCUGCUCGUAAACACGUUGUUGCUUGUGCUUCCGUGUGCAAAACAUGGAGAGAAACUUGCAAAGUGAUUGUCAAAAGUCCUGAGCUCUCAGGCAAACUCACAUUCCCGGUUUCCUUGAAACAGCCUGGCCCUAGAGAUGGAAUCAUACAGUGCUUUAUUAAAAGAGACAAGUCUAAUAUGACUUACCAUCUUUUCCUUUCUCAUACUCCUGCCUCGCUCGUUGAAAGCGGAAAGUUUCUUCUCUCGGCGAAACGUACAUGGAGAACUACAUACACAGAGUAUGUGAUAUCAAUGGGUGCAGACAACAUUUCAAGAACAAGCACCACUUACAUCGGCAAAAUGAGGUCUAAUUUUCUAGGAACGAAAUACAUAAUCUACGAUACUGCGCCUCCUGCGUACAACAGUUGCCAGAUAUUUUCUCAACCAAACCGGAGUCGUAACUUCAACUCCAAGAAAGUCUCUCCCAAAGUGCCUUCUGGAAGUUACAACAUCGCUGAGGUUACAUAUAAGCUGAACGUGCUUGGACGACGUGGACCUCGCAAGAUGCAUUGCGUUAUGCACUCUAUUCCCGCAUUGGCUCUUAAACCCAACGGCUCUGUCCCUGGCCCACCCGAGCUUCUGCUACGUUCUCUUGAUGACUCUUUCCGUAGCAUCGGCUCUUCAAAGACAGUAGAACACACGGGAGACUUCACCAGCGCUCCGUUCUCUGACAUUGUUGGACCAGAAGGGGAAGAAGAGAGCCAAGGAAAGGAGAAACCUUUGGUGCUGAGGAACAAACAGCCGAGGUGGCACGCACAGUUGCAAUGCUGGUGUCUCAAUUUCAGAGGGAGAGUGACAGUUGCUUCGGUCAAGAACUUCCAGUUGAUGGCAGCUGCAGCGGCUCAGACGGUUCAGCCCGAUACUGAAACGGCCCAGCUGCCAAGUGGUGAUUCCAAAGCUUUGACCUGGCCGUUAUUGUCACAGCAGCCGCAGCCGCAGCCGCAGGCAGGGCAAGCAGACAAUGAGAAGAUAAUAUUGCAGUUUGGGAGAGUUGGUAAGGAUUUGUUCACGAUGGACUAUCGUUAUCCUCUCUCUGCCUUUCAAGCCUUUGCGAUUUGCUUGAGCAGCUUCGACACUAAAUUGGCGUGUGAGUAA